CAGUGGUCAACUUCCGGAACGUCACUAAUGACACGUAUUCAAAAUGGCGGCCGAGGCUAUGGAGACGUGGUGCGCCCUGCUGCUUGUGGCGCUCUUUCCUGUGGGCCGGUCCUUCUAUGUCCCCGGGGUCGCUCCUCAGGACUUCCAUGAGGGCGCUCAAGUAGAAAUUAAGGCGGUCAAGCUGACCAGCUCCCGUACGCAGCUUCCAUAUGAAUACUAUUCCCUGCCUUUCUGUAAGCCCGGCUCUGUCUUAUAUAAGGCGGAAAACUUGGGGGAGGUUUUGCGUGGAGAUCGCAUUGUGAAUACGCUCUACAAUGUGAAGAUGAACGAGGAUAAGAAAUGCGAGCUGAUGUGCGUCAAGAAGAAGCUCAACGUGGAGGAGAGCAAACUGGUGGCUGAACGAAUCCAGGAGGAGUACUACGUUCACCUGAUUGCAGACAACCUUCCAGUUGCCACCAGGUUGGAGUUUUACCCCAACAGAGAAACGGGAGGGGAUGAAGAGCAGAAGAAGGUUGCAGAUAAAGAUGUUCAGUUUGAACAUGGCUACAGACUUGGCUUCGUCGACAACAACAAGUUUUAUCUGCACAACCACCUGUCCUUCAUCCUGUACUUCCACAGGGAGAAAGUAGAAGAGGGAGAGACUCACAACUACAGAGUGGUGCGUUUUGAGGUUGUACCUCAAAGUGUCAAAGUGGAAGCUCUGAAGGCCAUUGAAACAGAUAAAACCUGCACGCUGCCUGAAGCCAGUGGUUCUGCCGCCCAAGAGAUUGACCCAACCAAAGACAACGAGAUUCUUUUCACAUAUUCUGUCACCUGGAAGGAGAGUGAGGUGAAGUGGGCCUCUCGCUGGGACACAUACCUGACCAUGAGCGACGUCCAGAUUCACUGGUUCUCCAUCGUCAACUCUGUGGUGGUCGUCUUCUUCCUCUCUGGGAUUUUGAGUAUGAUCAUCAUCAGAACUUUGCGGAAGGACAUUGCCAAUUACAACAGAGAUGACGACAUUGAAGACACGAUGGAGGAGUCGGGAUGGAAGAACGUCCAUGGCGACGUCUUCAGACCGCCGCAGUAUCCCAUGAUCCUCAGCUCCCUGCUGGGCUCAGGGAUCCAGCUUUUCUGCAUGAUCCUCAUUGUCAUCUUUGUUGCCAUGCUGGGCAUGUUGUCUCCAUCGAGCAGAGGAGCCUUGAUGACUACUUCAUGUUUCCUCUUCAUGUUUAUGGGUGUGUUUGGGGGUUACUUUGCUGGCAGACUGUACCGCACACUGAAGGGCCAUCGGUGGAGGAAAGGAGCAUUUUGUACGGCCACUUUGUAUCCCGGAGCGGUGUUUGGAAUCUGCUUCGUUCUGAACUGUUUCAUUUGGGGGGAGCACUCCUCUGGAGCAGUUCCCUUCACCACCAUGCUGGCCCUGCUGUGCAUGUGGUUUGGCAUCUCCAUGCCUUUGGUCUACCUGGGUUACUACUUUGGCUUCCGUAAGCAGCCUUAUGAUAACCCGGUGCGCACCAACCAGAUUCCCCGCCAGGUUCCGGAGCAGCGCUGGUACAUGAACAAGUUUGUGGGAAUCCUCAUGGCUGGGAUCUUACCGUUUGGCGCCAUGUUCAUAGAACUCUUCUUCAUCUUCAGUGCCAUCUGGGAGAAUCAGUUUUACUACCUCUUUGGCUUUCUGUUCCUGGUUUUCAUCAUCCUGGUGGUGUCCUGCUCUCAGAUCAGCAUUGUGAUGGUCUAUUUCCAGCUGUGUGCAGAGGACUACCGGUGGUGGUGGAGAACGUUCCUGGUGUCAGGAGGCUCUGCUUUCUACGUCCUGAUUUACGCCGUCUUCUACUUUGCCAAUAAGCUGGACAUUGUGGAGUUCAUCCCCUCCCUGUUGUACUUUGGUUACACCACCCUCAUGGUGCUGUCCUUCUGGCUGCUAACGGGCACAAUCGGUUUCUACGCAGCCUACAUGUUCAUCAGGAAAAUCUACGCCGCGGUCAAGAUCGACUGAUUCCUCGGAGCCGCUGAUGUUCUCCUAGUUCUUUGUUUAUUUUUCAGAAUUUUUUUUAAUACGUUUGUUUUUUAAUUAUUAUUAUUAUUAUUAUUCUUUUUGUCCAACAAGCACUGACUUGUGUGCAGAAGUAACAGGGGUUUCUUGAUAUGAUGCAACAACCCCAUCUGCUGGCCACAUGGUGGAAUAACAGGCGAGACCCGGACAGCAGCGUCCUCUACUGGGAGUGUUGGUGUCUCCUGUCGCCUCACCCUGCACACACACACACACACACACACACCCCAGAGACACACACACACACAGCGGGCCAAAGCUUGUCAGAUAAAUUUCUGCAAAUUUUUUCCCCCAAUGUUUCCAACUUGAAGUUUUCAUUUCAUUUGGCCAUCAUCAUAUUUUUUGUUGUUGGGUUUUUUUUUCUUUUCUUCUCUUUUAAUUGUCUCCUUGGACGCCAUUUUCUUGUGUUUUCUUCACACUAAUCGCGUUUCGGUUCAGAGACUGUUUGGAUCAGGGUUUUGGUGUUUGACUUGAUGGGGAAUUAUGCUGGGCUCUUUUAAAUUGUAAUACAAGAAAAGGAUUAAAUGUUCCAUGACUUUUUUUCUUUUUUUUUUAAAAUGGGUUUGCCGUGUCCCCGUUGGAACCAAGUUGCUCGCAAUCCGUCUCGGCGUACCGCUUCGUUUAUUCUAAACGUUUCAGAACCGCUUCUGAUUGGACGUAAAUAUUUGGAGCGAACGGCGGUGUCUACGGCGACACAGGUGGAGCGGCCACGGGACGAACGGCACGAAGGAGGAGGCCGUUUGCGUUCGAAAGCAGAACGUACUGAUGUAUCUUCAACAGUGUAGCCUUAGCAGUCCCAGAGCCUGCAGAACUAUGCAGUAAUGGAAAGAGUGUUUAAAGCUAAUAUCAAAGGACCGUAUUUGUUUCAAAGGAAAAAAGAAAAUCACAGUAAUCCCUAAAGUUUACAUCUAAAGUUUGACUUUUGUUCACGACUUCUCCAUAAAGCUGCAGCAAAGUGCAAGAAAAUGGCUUUCAACAGAGUUUCAGCUGUCCAGUGUUCUUAACACACACAGUCAGCUGGUGUUACAGGUUUGCACAUCUUACACAUCAACUUACUUUCUCCCCUGAUACUUUAGCUUAAAAACUAACUUUAGGUUACAUUUCAGAAAAUGGUGACGUUAAGGGCUCCCCAAAGAUGAUCCAUUGUAGCAAAAACAUUGAGAUGUGUACAGUUUUGCUCAGUGGCUACAGGAGAAAGUUGAGUGAUUCCUUUAGAGUUGAAAAUCUAUUCCCUUCCUUCACAUCUGAUAUGUUGUUGGUGUGAAUAAUACAGAUGAAUCUAUAAUUAGCACUAAAGCUAUGAAUUUCUUGGCACCUGUGGUGAAUCGCCGCUCACAUAACGGCUGCAGCAGCUUUUAUGAAUUACUGGAUACGUUUUCAGAUUUCCUGAAAUCCCACAAAAUCCUUUUUUUCUGGGCUUAUCGGCACAGAAUCCAGCUAACGGACUGAAAGUUGCAGAAGAGGAAACUGUUUCCAAGCCCCUAAUCAAGUAAAAUGGAAGUAACAUUUAUUUCAUUUAUUUUGGGAUUUGAAUUAAAUAACAUAUUUCUGGGAGAGGUUUUUUUUUUUCUUCUUCUUCCUCUCCCUUUACAGUGUACUGGUACUUAAAUCUUCACUCAUUUAAACCAAGAAAGUGGAAAUGAGUCAUUUCCUGGUCCUCAUUAUAAUCCCCAACUGCUACAAAGGAGUUUCCAGAGGAGAGGCGAGACGAGCUGAGAUCAGUCUGGCUGGGUGGAUUCUUACAGAUUUAUGUCCAUUUGCUUAUGGAACCUUAUUAAACUUUCCGAAUCCUCUUUACUUCUGCCUGAUUUUAAGGUGGAGCCACUCCUCUCCUGCUGCUGAGGUGCACACGCCAGGAGAGAUUUUAAUUUUUUUUAUUUUUUUUAAACAGACUCGAGAGGCCUGGGUCCUGUGUGUGUGAACAUAUGCACAGAUCCGGGUUUCCAGUGUAAAUAAGAGCUUUGUAUUUGUUACGUUUGGCUGUUUGUGGCACUCUGUAAUGAUUCCUGUCAUUGUUUUAGCCAAAAGCAUGAUGCUCUUGAUGACUUUUUAGAGCAAUGUUUUUUUUUGUUUUGUUUUUUUGUCGUUUUUUUUAAACUUUCUGUUUGUUUCUUUUACAGAUUGUCUAUAUACAAAAUGUACAAUGACAAUAAAGUGAUGACAAGUUGAAUAUGAAA